GCCUAGCGCUUGGAGCAGAGCACGUCCGGGUACUGUGGAGUACUGGAGCAGGGAGAGCUAUGGAGGGCGGCAAGUCCGACCAGGCAACGGCGCCGUCUCAGGGCCGUCUGAUCACCGUGCUGAGCAUCGACGGCGGCGGCAUCCGCGGCCUCAUCCCCUCCACCAUCCUCGACUGCCUCGAGUCCAAGCUCCAAAAGAUAGACGGGCCAGAUGCGCGGAUCGCGGACUACUUCGACGUGAUCGCGGGGACAAGCACGGGGGCGCUGUUGACCUGCAUGCUGGCGACCCCAGGAGACGACAAGCGGCCGGUCAAGGCCGCCAGCGAGCUCAACGAAUUCUACCUUAAACACGGGCCCAACAUCUUCCCGCAGAAGAACCUCGGGUUCCUGAACAAGGCGGCGAACCUAUUCAGCGCCGUCAUGGGCCCGAAAUACGACGGGAAAGUCCUCCACGAGAAGAUCGAGGAGGUCACCAGAGAGGUCAAAAUCAAGGAUACGGUCACCAACAUCAUCGUGCCCACCUUCGACGUCAAGCAACUGCAGCCCGUCAUCUUCUCCACCUACGAGGCCAAGGAGGAUCCCCGCAAGAACGCGCUCCUCAAAGACAUCUGCAUCAGCACCUCGGCGGCGCCGACCUACUUCCCGGCGCAGUUAUUCGAGGUCGAGGGGAGGGAGUACAACCUCAUCGACGGCGGGGUCGCCGCCAACAACCCAACCAUGGUGGCCAUCACGAUGAUGAUCCCCAAGGAGGUGUCUGGCGGGAACCUAGUAGACUUCUCCCCUGGGAGCCCCGCAGAGGACGACAACUUCCUCGUCAUCUCUCUCGGGACAGGAUACACCAGGCCGGAGAAGGAGUACACAGCGCCAAAGUGCGCCAAGUGGGGCGCGCUGCGGUGGAUCUACAACCACGGGCUCACGCCACUGAUCGACAUUUUUUCACACGCCAGCUCCGACAUGGUGGACAUCCACGUCAACGUGCUCUUCAAGGCGCUCCGCAUGGAGGAUAACUACCUCCGGAUUCAGCACGACUACCUCAAGGGCAAGACCUCAUCGGUGGACAUCGCCACAAAGGAGAACAUGGAGGAGCUCAUAAAGAUCGGGAAGGAUCUGCUCACAAGGAAGGUGGCCAGGGUCAACGUCAAUACUGGGUUGCAUGAGGCCGUGAAGGACAAGGGCACCAACGAGGAGGAACUGGAAAGUUUCGCCGCGAAGCUCGUCAAGGAGCGCAAUCGGCGUGCCAACCAAAAAACUCAUUCCCACGCCUAGAAGGGUGUGUGCACACCACCACAGCCACACGAUCCUUGAAGAUUCUUGCUAUU